AUGAAAGUUACUAUAGACUACGGCAUCACUUUUGUAAGACAGAAGAGUGAUUUGUCAGUUGUGGGAUAUGUGGAUGAAGAUUAUGCAGGAGACUUGGAUGCCAGGAGAUCGACCAUGGGCUAUGUGUUCACUCUUGUAGGAGGACCCAUAUGUUGGAAGUCUAUGAUCCAGUCCACGGUUGCGAUGUGCACGACUGAGGCAGAGUACAUGGCUAUGGCUAAAGCUGCAAAGGAAGCUUUGUGGCUCACAGGGUUAGCCAAGGAGCUAGGUAUUCAGCAAGGUGGAGUUUCAUUGCAUUGUGACAGCUAG